UUCGGCAGUGCAUAGAACCACUGUGUGUGUCACAUAAUCCUCUUCUUCGUCGUUUCGGUGAACGUGAAAUCGAGUAAUUUACAUCUAUCCAACUUGGCCAAUUUGUCAUUCUACACGCCAUUUUGAUCUCGCGUAUUCGGUUAUUUCUUACGAAUCUAAGAAGACACUAUGAAGAUCCUUGUGCUGUUACUCUGUCUAACGGUGAUGUCGUAUGCACAAUACAACAGAUAUCCAUACAACCCCGAGUACUACGGCAGACAUAUCGCCAUAUUGCGACAAUCGAAAGACACAGCACCAGACGGAUCUUAUUCCUACAGCUAUGACACCGAAAAUGGAAUCUCGGUAGCGGAACAAGGACGUCCAAAGAACAUUGGUCCAGCUCAGAUCGAGGAGGUCAGAGGUCAAUAUAGUUACACGGCACCAGACGGUACACCGAUAUUGGUCACUUACAUCGCAGACGAGAACGGUUUCCAAGCGAGCGGUGCUCACCUACCUACACCACCGCCCAUUCCACCUGCCAUCCAACGAGCCCUCAGCUACAACGCGGCUCAUCCCGAGGAGGAGGAGCCUUACAGAAGAUAUUAGACACGACUCUACGUUUUUCGACCUCUCUUUUAUCUUUGUCUUUCUCUUUUCCUCUCUCUCUCCCUCUCUCUCUCCCUCUCUCUCUAUCUAUCUCUCUCUUUUUUUUCUUUCUCUCUCUCUCUCUCUCUUUUCAUCAUAUUAUUCUUAUCGUUCUUUACGAGUAUCACGAAUGUCAGGACGAUUCGUUCGUGAUCGACAACGAAGAUGAUCGUCUAAUUCUUUUUUUCUUCUUCUUGUUCUUCUUUAAGGAUAUAUCACUUUUCGAACUAGCUAGCUUCCCAGGACACUAACUAUACAGCCAGAAGGAACUGCCCAUAACAUCUCAAACAUGUAACUGUCCUUUUUAUUCGAUCCUCCACGUUCAUAGAUAAAGAUGAACAUUGAAGAAAUCAAACGAGGAGGAUCGAAGAGAUUCGCCUUUAUUUAAAAGUUUUAAAUUAUGCUCCUUCUUGCUCUUCUCUCUCUUUCUCUUUCUCUCUUUCUUUUCUCUCUUCUUUCUUUCCCUCUUACACUCUUUAUUUUUAUAUACGUAGUAUGUAUACUUACUCGUCAGUUCGUUUCGUGUGAAAAGUCAAGUGGGAAAUCUCGAUUAGAGACAAAGUCACAUCGAGAAGUAUUUCGACAAUGAUCUGAUGGAACCAAAGAUUUCUUUGGAUAGAUAAAGGACAAUGUUAUCUUAACGUCACAUCGUGAUGUUAAAAAGAAAGGAAAUUGUCUUUAAGUGAUCGGUCUAGCGUGAAAAAGUUUAAUGUAAUUUUCUUCAAUGAAAUAAUCGAUGCUGACGAAAUCCAAAUAGCGAGAAAAUAAAAGAGAAAAAGAGAGAGAAAGAGUAUGCCGGAUACGAUACGAAGUGGAGACCACUUACGAUUAGAGAAGAGCUGCUUCAGAUUUAUCUAGACGAUAAAACGUCGAAUUAACGUGCGCUAUUAUUGUUCUUUUAAUAGAAUGUAACCGCUUGUGUCUUUAGACGAAGGUAAAUACAUGCAAUC